AUUCCAAGAUGGAUUCUUCUGAUUCAUCUUCUUCACUCCGCUCUCUGCAACGACGACCAAGUGCCGAGGCACUCGCUCUACACGUGUUUGCCUUAUUGUUUUUCAUUCCCAGCAUUACCGGACGCUCCUCCUACACGUCCAUCUUCAGCUUCGGAGACUCUAUUGCUGAUACUGGAAACUUGUAUUUCAGCUCCCAACCACCGAUCUCGUGUCAUUGCUUCUUCCCACCCAACGGACUGACCUAUUUCCGUCGUCCCACUGGAAGGUGUUCUGAUGGCCGUCUCAUCAUCGAUUUUAUCGCUGAGUCUCUGGGGCUUCCAUUAGUGAAACCAUAUCUUGGAAUCAAGAAUGGGCAAUUCAGCGAUUGGAAAAUAGAAGAGGGAGCGAAUUUUGCUGUUGUAGGAUCAACAGCAUUGGAUGCAGAUUUCUUCGAAGAGAAGGGGAUACACAAUGUUCCCACGAAUGAUUCUCUCAGAAUUCAAUUUGGUUGGUUCAAGGAUUUAUUGCCUUCUCUGUGCAAUUCUUCCUCAAGCUGUAAGAAUAUUCUUGGGAAGUCAUUGUUUCUUGUAGGAGAAAUUGGGGGCAAUGACUUUAAUUAUCCUUUUGCUUUGCGAAAGAGCUUAACAGAGAUUAAGACAUACGUGGCCCCUGUGAUUAAUGCAAUCUCUUCAACUAUAAGUGAACUUAUUGAUAUAGGGGCUCAAACCCUCAUGGUUCCUGGAAAUUUCCCGAUUGGAUGCAAUGCAUUCUUUUUAACAUUUUAUCAAAGCGAAAAUGAAAAGGAUUAUGAUGAGGCUGGUUGCUUGAAGUGGCUAAACGAGUUUGCUGAAUACUACAAUGAGAAGCUUCAAUCUGAACUAAAUCAACUUCGAGGGCUUCAUCCUCAUGCCAAUAUCAUCUUUGCUGAUUACUACAAUGCUGCCUUGCCAUUAUAUCUUUCUCCCACCUCUUUUGGUUUUACCGGCCUCAGAGCUUGUUGUGGAAGUGGAGGUCCAUAUAAUUACAAUGCGUCAGCCUUAUGUGGAGAUCCUGGAGCGCUUGCUUGCGAAGAUCCUUCCAAAUUCAUAAGCUGGGAUGGUUUGCAUUUGACAGAAGCUGCCUACAGAUUCAUUGCCAAACGUUUGGUAAUUGGACAAGUUGCUGUUCCUAAAUAGUUUGGCAAUCAGAAGAAGCUGGCGUGUCGGGUAGUACUAAGAUUUGCUUAUUUGAUUUCAGAAAGAUGUUGGGAUAUGCUCAGUCACAGAAUCUGAGUUGUUGGCUAACACAACUGGGCUUCAAGUCUGUAAACAACUGGAUUUUCACAAUAUCGUGAUGUACACCGACUCUUUCUAUGCUUUCAAUAUCUUGAUGAGGGAGUGUGAUAUUAAUCACCCAUCCAGACCCUUCUUUCUGUAGAUUAGUGACAUGUUAUGUGAUUGAUGGCAUGUGGAGUUACACUUUACAUGCAUGGAUGUUAAUUGUUGUGCUGAUUA